AUGAAUAUGGAUCCUGAAACACCAGCAGAUGCUCUAUCUGCUGGAGGAGCUUUAAGUGUUCCUGAAAGUUCCAGAAAUGUUGCUGCAGAAGGCGGGGGGGCAGAGGUCAGGGAUGCUGAAGGUGAAACUCCUGCUGCUAAGGCUGUAAGACAGGUGCACCCUGCACUACAGGCAGGUGCUCCUGCUGCUGAGGCUGUGAGACAGGUGGACCCUGCACUACAGGCAGGUGCUCCUGCUGCUGAGGCUGUGAGACAGGUGGACCCUGCACUACUGGCAGGUGCUCCUGCUGCUGAGGCUGUGAGACAGGCGGACCCUGCACUACAGGCAGGUGCUCCUGCUGCUGUGAGACAGGCGGACCCUGCACUACAGGCAGGUGCUCCUGCUGCUGAGGAUGCUCAGAGAAUGCCUGAUGGUUCAGGAAAUGUUCUUCCAGGGCUCCGAGAAGCUGAAGGAGAAUCAGCGGUUGGAGGAGGUUCUACAGAGGUGAAAACAGAUCCUCCACCAGGUGCAGACGCUUCAGCAGCUCAGGAUGCUAAAAGUACUGCUGCCGUGGGAAAAGCGAACACAAGGCCAAAUGAGAGUAAAAACAGGAGAAAUAAAGGUGCUGGAUGUGUUACAAAUGCUCACCCAAAACUUCAGAACAAUCCUCAAAGUAAGAGAUAACAUUUCCUUUUUUCCUGUAGUAUUUUUGACA